CCCCAAGCGCGCUAGGCUCCAAGACGAAGUAAUCCCGCAGUGGGGAGAGAAAAGGGGCGCCGAACCCCCCGCUCGGCUUCAGAGACAGAACGGCAAAAGCUGCGGCUCGGGAAGGAGCCAGCCAAGCGGAUGCGCGCGCAGGGCUUUUGCGCUAAUCUCCUCUUUGGUUGGUGACUCCUCUGCGCUGCCGCGGGAAGGUUCGGGCAGACUUCCAGCCGCGUUCUUCGCGCGCUGCGCCCACCUAGCCUGGCAGUCGCCUCCUCCUCCUCCUUCACGCGGGCGCCACAAAUGCUAGCCUGUCUUUCUGCCGCCGCGAGUCGCUCCGCUCCCUUUCUGCACGGCAGCCCUUGGAGGCGGGGGCAAGGUCUGAAGCCGCCUUUUCCUCUCAGCCGUCCUGGGCCUGGGUUGUCGCCCGGGAAACCAGCAACAUCUCCGGCUUCCCAGGGCUGCUGCAGCAAAAGCGUAAAUAUGUCAGAGAUCAUGAAGGAUAAAGCCACCCGCUUGGCCAAGAACAGAGGCAGCAUAUCUUCUAUGGGGAGCCAUGAGAUCAGAGCAAAGGAUUUCUUUGGAAGAAACAAAGACUCUGUAAGUACUGUGUCAUAUAUGGAUGAACCUGGCCACCAUGAGGAUAGUCUGCGCCCAGUUAUUCAGAUGGAGAACACAUACCAAUUAGGUCCUACAAAGUAUUUCCCAAUCACUGCUGUGAAUAAUAUCUUGAAGGAUGUGGUAAUAAGUUAUCUACAGGAAGAACAAUAUGAAGCAGAGUUGUGCAGGCAAAUGACUAAAACUAUAUCUGAGGUAAUAAAAGCCCGGAUAAAAGACCUGAUGGUACCAAGAUACAAAAUUAUUGUGAUUAUAUAUAUUGGACAGCUAGGUAAACAGAGCAUGCAGAUUGGAAGCAGGUGCCUUUGGGACACUACAAGUGAUACUUUUUCUUCAUACUCCUUUAAAAAUAGAUCAUUGUUUGCUCUUGCAAAUGUCUAUGCUCUUUACUCUGAAUGAUGAUGCAAAAAAUGUGAGCUGAAAAACAAACUAGGUCUUAUUUUUGAAUUACACUUCUAUCCACAUUUACAUAAUGAUAUUAAUAACCAUUAAUAUUAUUAAUGUGUUAAUAAACCAAUGAGCAUGGUUGUUAUGUUUGCUAAGUAAUCUAUUAAUUAUGGAAGAAAAAGUCAAUUACUUUUUGAGACAGCAUAUUGUAAUUGCAACUAAUGACACAGAACUAUUUGGUCCUGGAUACAUUGGUGCUUAAAAAUUUGUGAACCCUUUUGAUUUUUCAGUGGUUCUGCAUUUAUGUAGUUUGAUAUCAUUUUCCUCAAUAAAUAAAUGAACAAGUAUAAUGUUCUUGACUCAUUAGUUUAAUUAGGUUCUCUUUAGUGUGGAGAACAGGUCCUAUUUUAAGUAAUAUUUGUGCAGAAAUAUUGAAAAUUCAAAAGGACUCACAAACUUUUAAGCACCACUGCAGAUUUUCAGAAAAAGAUUCAGUAUCCCUGAUAUAAUACCUGUGAUAGAAUAAUAGAUAUGAAUAUGAGAUCCAAUUACCUAUGUUUACAUUCUUGAAUAAUGAUUGGUAUAUAACUGUAAUAAGCAGAUUUGCUUAUACUUAUACAGGUAAUUAGUUGGAAAGGUAAGCUAAUCCAUUUAACAUGUAAUUUGGCUUUUCAGAGAAAUUGGUAUGUGUUAAUAGAAAAACAUGGGAAACUAUAUGGUACUGUACACAUUAGAUAAUAGCAGUAGUAAUUAAAGUGUUCUUUUUCUUUUUAUAAAAUAAUUAGAUAAGAACAUAACUGGUUAAGGACCAGUCCACUUCCUAAAAGGUUGCCUAUUGAGCAGCUAAAAUUAAAUAUUAUAAAUAUAAAAAUAUAAAUAAAUCACUUGUUAAAUGUAUUGAUAAACUGAAUAAAGUUUUAAGAAAAGAAAUCUAAAUAUUACCAUUUGAAAUAAAAAUGUGUAGAAACCA